GCCAGGCUACGCGAGCAACGACAGCGUCAAGGGCCAGCGGCACCCGAUAUUACCGUAGGGAAAAGGAAAAAGGAAUUCGAGUACGAUAUGAAACGAUUGGUGCAGAUGGUUGCUGAUGGUCGAUCGAAUCCAGAAGAAGCACCCGAAGGAGCAAAGGAGCACUCGGAACGACAAGAGGUUCGCACCUGGUCCUUAUAUACACCUCAGCCGAGAUGCCUUUCGCAAAAAUUGGACUCUUCGCUGGACUAU